AUGUUGCCCGAAGAGGAAGAGCAACCCAGUCCAAUCUGAUCCUUGGAGAGAUGGCCAGUUUUGGCCACGCUCUGAACGCCAUUGAUGGGAACGCCAACCCAGACGUGCGGAAGGGCUCCUGCUCCAUGACCCAGCGCGAGACUGACCCCUGGUGGCGGCUAGACCUGCUGGAUGGAUACAGCGUUACUGCUGUGGCCCUGACCAACCCCAAAGCUGGCUCACCCAAGGGGCUCAACGGAGCCCAAAUUUACAUUGGAGAUUCCACCAACCCUGCAGAAAAUACUCUGUGUGCAAACGUGACGUUUGUGCCGCUUGGUGAGACGGUGCGCUUUGACUGCCUGGAGGAGAGGGUGGGCCAGUAUGUGACUGUGAUGCUGCCGGGGGAGGGGCGCUCCCUCAGCUUGUGUGAGGUGCAAGUGUUUGGAAUUCCAGCCUCCACCCAUCAGAACAACAACAAUCAGUCCCACCAGGAAAUCGGGGGCAUUUUCUCAAAAAUUCGCGGUCUGAUUGCCAGAUGGUGGUGAUUUCCAGAAAAUCGUGAUAAAAGUUGCGGAGCUUCUUACUGUGUUGUUGCGAUUUUUGUAACUGUUGCGAUUGUUACAAUGCAUAAAUGGAAAGAACCAUUUAAUAUUUUUGAUAUCAUUUCUUGCGAUUUCAUUUUAAGUCUAAAUCAAAGAUUUAUGGAAUGUGAGACAUUACACCCUUUGUCUGUCCACAUC